AGGAUUCCAGAUGUGGACAUCAUCCCUGUCAGGUCAGUCAAACCUUCCGAGUGGACAGGAGAUAUCUAGCAUGUUACCUUUCGCCCUUGGUCUGUUUUUAUUGCCGCUCUGCGGUGCGGUCUACAAGGGACCUUUGCUCCCUGAAAUGUCCAACGGGACUUUUCACCACUUUUUCGUCCCGGACGGUGAUUACGAGGAGACCGAAGACCCGGAGAAAUGUCAGAUGCUCUUUAAAUGGAUCGACCGCAGACCGUGUCCUCUGGAGGAAGACCAGGACUCGGUCAUACGAGAGGAUUUCAUCAUCAUUAAACAACAGAUAGAAGACGCAGCGCGCGUUCUGGAGAGCCUCGGGAAGAGCAUUUCCUACGACCUGGACGGCGAGGACAGUUAUGGGAAAUACCUGAAGAAGGAGAUCGUGCAAAUCAACGAGGCUUUUACAAACGUAGAGAAAUCUCUUCUGGAGCUGGAGACGAAAUUCAAGCAAAGCCAGGAUACCGAGCAAAAAGAGGAGAAUGAGUUCACCAAUAACUUUAUCAACCCCAUGUAUAAUGUGAGGGACACUCUACAGGAAACUCUGGACAUCUCGUCUGGACUCAAGGAUAAACAUGAACUCAUCUCUCUGAUCAUUCGGAGUCAUGGAUCCAGGUUAAGCCGGCUUAAAAAUGACUACCUGAAUGUUUAGAGUCACAGACAUUCUGGACAGACUACAGUCCAAGUUGGAUUGUUAUUCUGAAGUGUGUUAAACGUUGGAUCUCCAAAAUUUCCCAAAGCAUGUAACUCUUUGGUGGUUUUGAGUACUAAAGGCUCAUUCACUCUUAAAAAUAAAGAGCAGAGAACCAGGAUU